AUGAGUAGAGAUAGAAGUACAUAAUAAAGUUAAUAAACUGUUGAAAACAUUUAAUAGUUAGGAAUUACGUAAUAUUAUUUUGUCAUAUUUAGAUUUCGGCAUGAAUAAGCAAAUUAAGUUUUGAGUUCAAUAUUGCUGUCUAAUUCUAUUUAUGCUAUAGCAGUGUUGCUAUUUAGCUUUUAAUUGAAUUUUGAUGGAAAUCUUUUAUCUGUUAUAUAUUGUAUUGAUUCAAAAUUGCUGUUGUAAUUGAUACAUUAGUUGUAUUUUUAUCGAAUAUUUCUUCAUUUUAACAUGUAUGAAAGUUUUUAUUAAUUUUUUAGAACAGAUAAACAUACUUUACUAAGACUAAUAUCAACUUUAGUGGAAGGUUCUUAUUUACUUGUACUUAAUUUAUAUUAGAUAUCUGGGACAAGAGAUUUGCUGUUACUUUCAAAUAUUUUUCCUUUGUUAAAUAUGUUUCUUUCUAUGAUUUUAAAAAUAAAUGAAGGAAAUUAAUACUUCAGACAAUCAAUCUCAAUAAUUAAUAAGUUUCAUGUUUUUAGAAAUAUUGCUUUAUUUAUUAUAUCAAUAUUCUUAAGCUUAAAACUUGAAGGAUACUUUGAGAUAUAAUGGUUAUAUGCUUUAUGGAUGUUUUGGAUACUUUUUGGGGUUUCUGCAUCAAUUGUUAUUUAUUAUAUUUUUGUGGUAUUGGCUUUAGGAAUCCAAAGAAUUUUAGAAUAAAAUAGUAGGCUAAAAAAUUUAGGUUAAAAAUUUAUAUUUAUUAUUAGUAAUAGUUAAUUUCUGGAUAUUGUUUUUUAUGAUAUCUAAUACUGCAAUUUUACUUUUAAUUCCAAUUUCAAUACUAAAUUUUAAUCAAGUUGGAAACUAUGGAAACUUAAUAGAUACAGCAAGGAUUAUAUUAAUUGUUAAUCAAGUUCUAUUUUCUUAUUUUACCGUUAGAUUUAAGAUAGAAUUAGUAUUGAGUUUAUAAAGUUAUCUAUCUUUAAAUGAUUCAGUAAAUCCUCUAAACACAUUACCUACUUAAUAAGGAGAACCAUAAAUAUAAAUGUUUAAUAAAUAGGACUUUGCUGAGAGUUAACUAAGUGAACCUUAAAUUUAAAUACCAAAAAUUGUCAAAAGAAUAUCUAAAACUUAUUUUGGAUUUGAUGAUCUUCCCACUGAUAAAAAAUCUGAAACAUAACUUUCUAGUAAGAAACCUUCACACCAUAAAGCAUUAUCUUCUUAAAUCUAAAAAUCUUAAGAUGAUUAAAAUGAUAAAAUAAAAAUGUCUUCCUUAAUUAAUAUCAAGAAUAGUGAAAAAUAAAAUACUAUUGGAAAUAUUCAAAAUAGUUCAAAAGAAAAUUAAUAAGUAUUCAUUAUAAUUCAUUUCUUACUUUAGCUUAGUAGUCUACCUAAAUCAGUCUCUUUAUCCUCUAUUGGUGCUUGUUGUAUCUGUUUUGACAAUGAGCCUAACGCAUUAUUUAUGUAAUGUGGUCAUGGAGGAGUUUGUUAUAAUUGUGCUAUUGAUUUAUGGAAAAACAAAGAGGAAUGUUAUUUAUGUCGAAACGUAAUUUUAAACUCUUAUAUCUAGAAAAUUGACAGAGUCUUAUAAAUCAAAAUGAUUGAAUAAUAAAAGAACAUUUAUUAAGUUAUUGGCGCUAUUGAAUUAAAUUAAAAACUUAAACUAGAACAACACAACUUAAAUUAGAUUUAAUAAUGA